CCACCUGAUUUCGUGAAUCUCAGAUUUGCAGGACUGUCUUUUCUGUUGCUUUGAUGUUGAAAUGUGAAUGGAUCUGGGAUUAAGAUUACAUUGAUAUGUUUUAAACGUUCAAGCAGCUUUAAUGGAAAUGUCACCUCGACAGGAUAGUAUCGGACAGAGUCGUUCAACAUCUUUAACCGGGGAAUCCAAAAUCUCUGGUUUACCAGCAGAGGCAAAAAAGAAAUGGAAGACUCUGGCACAGAGGCGACAGUCUGCACCUUCACUGGUUAUUAGCACUGCACUUAAAUCCAGAACAAUUUCCAGAGAAAGUUGUCUGUCUCCAAUCAACCCAGAGGCAUGUCCACUUGUCCAGUCAUUUAUCUGUCCGAACCGAGUGUUUGUGAUGCAUGACCAUGUCCAGCUCAAGACAGGCCUGCAGACGCAAGAGCGACACCUUUUCCUGUUCAGCGACAUUCUGGUCAUCGCCAAAUCCAAAUCAACUUCACACUUCAAACUAAAGAACCAUGUCCAGAUUUGUGAGAUGUGGACCGCGUCCUGCACAGAUGAGGUGUGUGAGGGCAGCACUAACCACAACCGGUCCUUUGUCAUGGGCUGGCCUACCACCAACUGUGUUGCUACAUUCAGUUCGGUGGAACAGAAAGAAAAAUGGCUGUCAUUUAUUAAGAGCCAAAUCAAAGAAGAAAAAGAAAAAGAUGACCCUAAAAGCAUUCCUUUAAAAUUGUUUGUAAGGGAUGUUGGGAAUGGUACAUAUUCUAAGACUCUGCCGGUUGGGAACACAGACACAGCCGCUGAUGUCAUCAAGAUGGCGCUGCAGCAGUUUGGCAUUACUUGUUGUGUAAAAGACUACCAGCUUUGGGUCAGCUCAGGCAAAGAAAAUGCUCCAUAUCCCCUUAUUGGGCAUGAGUAUCCCUUCAGCAUCAAAACGAGUCACAUGCGAGAGCCGCUUGCACAGAUGCCAGCAGGGAUCAAGAACACAGCCUUCCCUCAGGACCUCCAGGGGACCCUCCUUCUGCAGCAGCUGCCCCUGGAGACACAGUGCCAGUUCAUACUGAAGCCCAGACGCUUGGCCACAUCCCAGCAAUUAACUGAGCCCAGCCAAAAAUCCUUUAAGAGGAAAAGAUCGCUUAUCAAUUGGGCCUUCUGGCGUGGCUCUGGGACUCAGCUCGACAGCAUGCCUCUGUCUCCAGCGCCUCCCACGCCAGGCAGACUCUUUGGGCUGCCACUGCAAUCCAUCUGUGAGGGUGACAAUCUGCCCAAGCCAGUCAUGGACAUGCUGAGCUUUCUUUUUCAAGAGGGUCCAUUUACCAGAGGCAUUUUUCGACGCUCUGCUAACGCAAAAGCCUGCCGGGAAUUAAGGGACAAGCUGAAUUUGGGAGCUGAAGUGCUUGUUGCCUGUGAAUCUGUCUUCGUGACAGCUGCUGUGUUCAAGGACUUUCUCCGGAACAUUCCUGGCAGCAUCCUUUCUUUAGACUUCUAUGAAAAGUGGGUCAACGUGAUAGACAAAGAGAGUCAUGAAGAGAAAAUACAAGCCAUACAAAGGCUUAUGGAGCAACUCCCAAAAGCAAAUGUGCUCCUGCUGCGGUAUCUCUUUGGGGUCCUGCACUGCAUUGAGCAGCAGUCAGAGGAGAACCAGAUGAACGCAUUCAACCUGGCAGUUUGCAUUGCUCCCAGCAUGCUCUGGUCUCCUUCUACUUCAAGUCCAGAGACUGAAAGUGAAGUCACAAAGAAGAUUUCCAUGCUUGUACAGUUUGUAAUAGAAAACUGCAGCAAGAUUUUUGGGGAAGACAUUGUUUCACUGUUUGGGAGCAUGCCAAAGAAAAGCAACAGCAGUGAGCAUGGCUUGGAUUUUUCAUCAUCCCAGAUGAAUGACUCUUCAUACGAUAGUUUAGAAAACGAGCUGAAUUAUGAUGUAGAUUCUCCUUUUUCGGAUCUGCGGUGUAAAUGUGGGCAAGAUAACCGAAGCAGGGACUCUGUCAUUACCUUAAGCGACUGUGACUUAGACCAGCCAGAGAAUGAAGACAUUCAUUUACAGCUGCCCCCUUUGUCAAGGACAAGGAAGUUUUCUCCUGAGGUGCAUCAAAACAGGCCCCACAGAGAAUAUUUGGAGAAGGACUUGCUCUUCCCAAUGGGAUUAAGGAGACACAGACGCUGCUCUGAACCAACAAUAGGUCUCCAACCUUCUAACAUCGAUCAGCACUUUGAACAACAUGACGUUGUUACACGCAAGGCCAGCUACGAUGCAGUACUUACAAACAACGAAGAGGACUAUAUCAAACAGCUUCGCUCCUUACAGCUGGAGGGCCAGGAACUCAUCAAACGCAGCCUGAACAUGGGCAUCGAAUUGGGGAAUCCAAGCCCUUCCAGUCCUAGUGAUGAUGGGAAAGACUUUCAAAGAACUUCUAGGCUUAAUUUUAAACAGCCUCCUCCAUUGAGACUUAACCUCUGCUCGACCACCAGCUGCUCCAGUUUGUCUUCUCCAGGCACCUCCCCAUCUAGGUCCUCCAUGAGUUCCUUGGACAGCGCCUUCUCCCAAUACUCUGACUACUCAGUGUUCACUCCCACAGAGCCCUGUGUCCGCAAUGAAUCUUUAACACUGAAGAGUCAAAGGGACUGCUCUCCUCGUUCGCCUACCGGUAAACACGAAUUGGUGUCUCAGAGGAGUCCCUUCACUCUACACCCUAAUAGAUGGUUGAAGAGCACUUCACCUUCCAUGAGAAGUUGGUCUUUCCGUAAAAAUGAAAGUGGGAGCAAAAAUGAAGAAAAAAACGAAAGCCCUGCCAGGUCCCCGGUUUCUGACAAGCCAAAAGCUCCAGCAGGAACGGUUUUUCAGGAAAGUGAAAGACAAGCCUGCCUGACCUUUGCACCUAAAGAACCAGCAAAUGAAGUAGAUAUAAAACAGCACUGCCUGCCCUCCUACCAGGAAGCUAUCCAUCAAAUGCAGCAAAAUACUCCUCCCUUUUAUCAAGAUUUGCCAAAAGAAAAGGGACUGACUGUAAAGGCACUUAGGCUACUGCAUGAGUGCGGGGGCAGUAAGGCUAGCAAGACGCAGGUGGACAGUUCAAGACCUCCUACACUGAAACUUGACAAGAGGUUACCUGCAGGUAAUAGCCACAUCCCACAAACAGUGUUUUAUGGACAGAGCGCUUGCUUGGGUGUUUAUCCCAUGAAGGGACAGCAGUUACAGUCCUUUACUUUAGCAGAGGAUUGUCCGAAGAGCCAGGCUGCAUACCGUUGCUCAGAGUCGGUAGUCCAUUUUGCUACAGGAGAAUGGACCUUCCCCCUGGAGAACCACCAGAGAUUGGCUGACCAAGAAAGCAACAGCACAACAGCAAAGAGCUCUCAGGACGUUAAACUCAAAAUAUCCAAUACAGACCCUCAUUGUAAUGAUAUGGAGCCUGUGAGUCGCAAAGUGGAGCCUAACUUUUGCUUAUCUCAAACUGCCACCAAGACAGUCCGGGAAUAUUUCCUCCAAACAGAUGUUGAGAACUGCUUGCAAAAAACACAGGAAGUUGCCAAUGCAGUGAUUCAAAGCAAAAAAGAGUGGCAAAAUAAGCGAUGCAGCGACCCAAAAUCUGAAGACUUUGACCAAAUGUUUUUCGCUGAAGAGUCUUAUGUCUAAAUGAAAUGAAGGAAUAACUAUAUCGUAAAUGUAUUGUAAAUAACUGACAACUCAUCUAUCACGUCAAAUUUGGUUCUUUUUGUGCUAGAAGUGAACUGCCCUUUACAAUGUAAAUCUAGGAGAAUAGUUUUAAAAUGGUACAUCUAUGUUAACUUUGGAUGCUUUUCAAUGAGUAUAUUGUGAUGUUUGCAGUUUGAAUGUAAAUAGUAUUCUUGUUUCACUGCUGCUAUAAUGCAUAAAUAUGUGAUUUUAUUAUUAUAAUACAUACAAAACGUUUUUAUUUUAAACAUAUUUAGCAUGGUAUAUAUCUGUGUAUAAAAUGCAGCAGUGAGCUAUGCUGUUGUUAUAUAAGCUGUAAGAAAUGAAUUGGUAUUUUUGUACUUGCAAGUCCUGCUGCUGAUUUCUAAAAUGAUUUGCUGUAAAUGAGCACCGUUUCUGCUGUGUGCAUCUGUUGUAAUGUAACUCUAAUAUUGUUUUGAUGUAAGUCUUGUUUUCACUUUUAUUCUGGUAAAAGUCCAACUGAAACUGUAUUAGCUGUGUAUAAACCUAAAAUAAAGCAAGAAGCAGCAGGCGUUUCUGUAAA